AGUAAUCCUCCAAAAUAUAAUUGAAGAAAAAAAAACUGGUAACUGAUAAUUUCAUAAUCCUUAAAGAAAGGUUAAUUACUCUUUUCUUUUUUGUUCUUUAUGAACUAAUAGUUUUUCUUUCUUGAUUUUGUGGAAUUAAAAACAUAAUAUAUGAUUUUGAAGAGCAUCCUAUCAAAGUUAUUUGUCAAGAGACUUGGAAUUGAGCUUUCUGAUAUUGCAAGAAUCGGAAGACUGUCUCUUCGUAAUGGAAAACUAUGGGAAGUUGAGGUUACAAAGGAUAAUAAAAACAUUUGGUUUGACAAAGGAUGGUCAGAUUUUGUUGAAGACAACUCAAUCUGCCAUCGUUACCUUUUAAGCUUUGAAUAUAAAGGAAACUCAAACUUUCGUGUCAUCGUCUUUGAUCCAUCGACUUUUGAAAUCAAUUAUCCAAACAGUAAUUUUGAAAAUGAAAAUGGAAAAGCAGAAUCAAGAACUGAUAAGAUGAUGGGGAAAAAGGAGGACAGGUUGGUUUUAAGCAAUGAAAAUGAGAAGGAUGAGAAUAAAAAUGUGGAAGUGGAAGUUUAUUGCAGUGAGAAAUACCGGAAGUUCUUUGCAAAGGCGUCUGAUGAAAUCAAGAAAGCAAUUCUUGAUGCUGAUAUGUAUAAACCGACAAAUCCUGCAUUUAAGGUUCUCUUGCGACCAUAUAGUAUCAAUCGGAGUUUUCUGCUGGUGCCAAAUAGCUUUUCUGCAAAGUACAUGACUAGGGUUUAUGAAGAAGCAAAAGUUGCGUGUCCUGAUGGAAGAAAAUUCCUAGUUAGAAUCAGAGGGUGGGGAACUGUUACGGGCUUGGCUUUUGGAACUGGAUGGGCCAGAAUUUGUCAACACAUUGAUCUGAAAGAAGGAGAUGUUGUGAUACUUGAGCUGAUCAAUAGUAGUAUGGAUUUUCUGUUUAAAAUCAAAGUAUUUCGAUCAUGAAUAAUAUCUAGGUUUUGGUUGGUUAAUUAAGCUUUUUGAACUCAUGAA